AUGCUUAAUGCUAUCACCUCUGAGCACAAGAUUAACUCUUUCUUCUGGCAACUUCCCUUGUGUUUCUUUGAUCGUCUUGGCGAGGGCUUGGACCUGGAAGGAGGGUUCUGUGUGCCAUAUACAGAAACUCGCACAGGAUCUGUUAUUGGUAAUGAUCCCCUCAAAUUCCAAGAAAUCUCGUACACAAUAAGAUACCCGGAGUACAAGCCAAAGGCCCAAAGAUGGGACAUCCGACAGACUGGCUUGUACCAUAAGUAUGACUUUGCUACAGGUCAAAGCACCUACAUACUCAUCAACCCAAAUCCACGAUCCAAGGCCUUUACCAAAAUAGAGCAAUGGCUAUUCAACCCUUACUCGGAGAUUCGAGAGAAUCCCUUCUGGCUACACUCCAUAUUAUUCUCGACCUAUUACCCAGCUUGCCGGAGCCGAAUCAUGGAUCUAGAGCGUGAAUUCCUCCCACUCUCAGAUUCGGCAUUCGCAGCAUUCAUCGACGAGCCACUGAGCCUGAAGUACCACAAUCUGAAUACACUCACCAAACUGGAGAGCCAUUUCCUCCAGUUACCAACUAUCCUGGCGGGUGCGAUCGAUGUUCUUGAUGAACUCUGUACACUCCUGAGAACGACCCCGUCACUAUCAUCCACUUCGUAUGUGUUGCAGGAUUUGCGUAACCAGCAUCGACAAUGUGUCGCAUAUUCCCGAACAGCGAAACACAUCCAGCAACGUAUCCAGUCAAUUGCUCGACUUCUCGCUGAUACUCUUCUCCUUCGAGAUCAAGUUGUUGCUUCCGAGCAAAACAAAAAUAUGCUCCAGUUGAACGAGUCGGCCGUGUUUAUCACUAGGUUAUCCCUCUUAUACCUUCCGCCCUCUUUCAUCGCUACUUUCUUUGGCAUGAACUUCUUCGCGAUGGAUCAAACCAAUUCAACCAUCGUCGGGACAUCCAUGCUCUGGAUAUUUUUCAUCGUCUCCGCUGUUCUUACAGCAUUUACAUUCCUGAUCUACUAUUGCCUCCUUCAUCGCAAUAGCCCAAUGGUACGGAGAUUGAUUCAGAGGCUCCCACAGAUCAAUAUUCAGAGCAUGAAGCAGCGCUUCAGAAUAAGACAACGAUCGGAUCUGGAGUUGGAGCACUUGCCUGCAUGA